AUGCAACGAUAUUAUAUUGGUCAAUGGAGAAAUGAUCGAAUGAACGGUUACGGAACAUUAUAUGUAAAUCAGUCAGCUUAUUAUGAAGGAGAAUUUCGAGAUAGCAAAAAAUUCGGAUGGGGAAAAAUGUAUUAUGAAAAUGGCGAUAUGUAUGAAGGUGAAUGGUAUAACAAUAAACGUCAUGGUCUUGGUCUAUUCCUUACAGUCAAUGGUGAUCGUUAUGAAGGACAUUGGUUUGAAGAUAAUAAACACGGUCAUGGCCAAUAUUACUUUGGAAAACAGAAACGUUUAUUUGAAGGCUUGUGGCUUAAUAAUAUGUGUAAAUCAGCUGAACAAAUCUCUUAA